AUGCUCACCAAGGCAGAAUCGAAGCUGAAAACCGUGAGAUACGUAACGAGAACCUCCACCUCCAUGACUGCUUGCUGUGAAGCUUCUGAAUCCUGCGUGCAAGACAAUGACGAUGGGUUGCGCAUUUCAGAAAUGGAGAUCGACGAUGAUGAAGAGUACGUCUCGGAUGUUAACGUCCGCCCCGUAGCUCCGACUACUCGUGGUAGCCUCAGUAACGAUCUUGCGGCUGACCUGAAUGCGAUACGCGAUGACGUUGCUUCCUUCGAAAAGUUGAUCAACAAGGCGUCGAACGCGAUGCACGACUGCGUUGAAAACUGGAGCCGUCUGUCUCGCAAGUUUAAGACACUGCAGGCCUCCGCUAACGCCGCGGCAGCUACGGUUGUUCGUCCCGACGGGAUGAGUGAAGACCUUUGGGAUGCCCUCGACGUGGGUACCCGUCAAAACAUCUCGCAGGUGUCGACCGGCUUCCUUCGGCAGGGGGAGAAGGCCUGGCAGACCUCGGCCUUCGAGCGACUGUCAGCUUACACCUUUCCGAACGAAUGUCUGGGAAAGUUGAAAACACCAAACCUGAACAAGUUAUACCUGUCAGCCGUUAUCGAGCUUGAGCUGUUAGAGCUUAACCUCGCGCCGUUCGAAGAAGAUCAUAGUCAAGUAGACUUAAUCUUCGACCGUCUGGGGUCAGCAGGAUUUGCAGACGAACCUUAA